UCAGCGCAGGAUGUUUUCAAGUAGUGUAGUGUAGAUAGAUUGUAAAUUUCCAGAUAUCCAUUUUACGUGAAAAUACGGACCUUAGCAAACUCAGUGCAAAAAAGGGCUCAAGCCCACCUUCAGGAGUGCUGAAAUUAGGACUUGUUUCAAUUGUUCGCAUACCAUAAGCUGCACAUUACCUGAAACGGAAGCAAUUCGUCGAUACAAAUCUAAUUCCAUUGUGUAAUCAAUAAAUUGUUAGAGUGAGCACUAAAGCAAGAUCUAACGCGAGUGAAUGAAAGAUAGGCCGCCGCGAAAUGUACAAGACUAUUCGCCACGGAGAGAACAGUCUUCAGUACACAAUACUCCCACAGAACGAUGAUUUCCGCAUAGAAGGGAAGCUUAGUGGGAAUGGUAGCAAGGGAGGAAGUGCCUUAAGACAGGCUGCAAAACGAGGGCGCAAAAGGUCAUUCUUCGCAUAUUUCGGUUUGCUCUUCGUCUGCACAGUGAUUGUCGGUGCAAUACUGGUACCGUUUCUCGUAUCGACUGAAUAUUUGCCCACCCCGUCAGUUUGGUUUCUCAAGCGAAGGAUAUUUAUGGAUGGAGCAAACUACAACAACACUGCGACCAAUGAAUCCGAACACAGGGAGAAUACUAGCAGAAGUGACAGUACAAUUCCCUUAGAUGACCUUCCUGCUACCACCACCCAUGAAACUAGAAUAGCCACGAAAUUAGGGAGUUCAGUAACUGACAAAAAUAGUAUCGUCACCCCAACUGGUUUGGGAAGGAUUUAUUCGAAUUUAGCUGAAAGUUUUGCAAGAGUAUCUACAGAACGGGCUGUGACAACACAUAAAUGGAAGGAUGACGACAGGCUGACCGCGGCCACGGCAUCUCGAGAAGUAACUACUGAGAAGGAACUAGUGCAGAUUACAACCCCGGAUUCCAAAGAGUCCACUACUUCUAGCGUGAAUAGAAAUGCAACAUCCAAGCGACCGAUAAUACUACCGGUCCUGGCAAAAACUAAUUCGGUUGUGAAGGAGAACGGCAAAUGGGUGAAGAACCGCAGUGAGCCAGAAGGCUGGAUCAGGUCACACUGGCCGUUUAUAGAUCCUUCAACAUAUUUUCAAUGGGCUGGCUAUAAAUCCGAAGACAGUGUACUACUCCCAGCAAUACUUGGUGCUGCAUUAAUAGGAAUGAUUUUAAUAAUUACAUUAUGUCUAGUAGCCCGCAAUAAGAGAACUAUAGUCGCAACUAUGAAGAAAAGGAAUCGCAAUGUGGUAAAGGAAAGCGGCGAGGACAACACUACGCUUCUCACAAAUGGAAAUGCUUCCGAGGACGAAUAGGCGGGGAAGUGUGCAUCACUACCUUCAAUACAAAUAGCACGAGAAUAAAUUCAGAACAAAUUUAAGUAAGUUUUAAGGCUUUUUGUCUUAUCACACAACAUUGUACUAGUUACUUACUGCGCUUAAAGAUAAAAAAAAACUAUCACCACUACAUACGCUGCAAUCGCAAGUACCACUAAAGACUGCGCCAUUCGGAUAAAAAAAAAAUAUGAAGCAAAAAAAAAAUAUAUAUUUCAAGUAAUAUUUUCAAUAGGAGACACAGAAAACAAAGCAAAUAAGGACUAAGUAUUAUAUUCAUAAAUUUAAACUAAGACCCAUAGCUACAUAUAUAUUUGAUAAGAGGGUGCGAGUGAGCAUGUAUUUCAACAACUAAAAUAUUGUAUCUCCUAUCAUAUGUGUAAACCUGGGUUAACCUUAGCGAAAAUGGAUCAGGAUCAAGGAAAUUUUCGCAGACCCUCACAUAUAUAAAAUUAUGCAGGAUGAUAUCUACGACGAUAUAAGGGUGUUCCACUUCACUAAAAUCAGAUAGAAAACACUAAAAACAUAUGCAGAAAGUAUCUGCAUGAACUAUUAAAUCUACUAUAUAUGUAUAACCGUUAGCUAGUAUAAAUAAGAUUAUUACGCAGAUAGGCCCUGGUUAGAAGCUUAACCAAUUUUUUGAAUCCAUAUCUCUAAAGCCGCGCUUAGCUCCCAAUGGUGAUCCUUUUUUGAUUGAAUGACAGAAAAGAUUGAAUAAGCUUAAUAUCAAACUAAAAACCCAAAAUUCAAUAUUCUAAAAAAUUAAUUGGAUCGUUAUGUAUGUAGAUGUAAGCUGUGAUAUUCAUUCUAAACACACGCGAAGAAAUAAUUUAGUAACAAUCAAAAUCACAUCAAAAAUAUUUAUCAAGGACUUUCACAGGGUUCAUUUGAUUUUCAAGUAAUUCGCUGUGCACAGAUACCAAGUUUUUCCAGAAACAGAUUUUUAUUUUACCUUAAACAAUCUAACAAAAUCCUCCGUUGAAUACUGAAUACUUUAGAUGGUUCUAUAGUGCUUGCGAUCGAAGGGAUCUCCCCAGCGCGUUCCUGCAAACAGCCUUCAGGCAAAUCGCCUUCGGGUAAACCGCCUUCGGGUAAACCCCCUCCGGGCAAACCGCCUCCGGGAGGGGCAGCGGUCCUCGGACGAUCCUAAAUGUGCUUGCUGCCUCCCACUACAUAUAUGUGGCUUUCAAGUAUCGGCUUUUGGUCAUGCAGCAAUGUCAAACACUUCCCUUUACUUUCUGCAUCAGAAGUAUCAAAAUGUAGCACUCUCCAACUUCAGCAGGGCAGAAUGUACAUUGCUCUUCAGAAUGGGUUUGCCAACUCCACCUGCAUCAUGAAAAUGUCACUCUUUUCUAUGAACAAAAUAAUCUAGGAAGUGGAGUCAGAUGCUAAGGAUGUGUCAACUCUCUUGGCAUUUCAAGGAUUUUGGUAGGGAAGUCCAAUGCGUUGAUACCUGGAAUCCAAGUAUCUUGUUUCGAGAAAGACCACUGACUAAAAUGAUCCUAUUACUUCCAGGACACUAACCUGCAACCGUCUGGCACAUUGGGCUAGGCAUAUUUAUUUAGGGCACAACCCAAUCGGAAUAACUCCUACUACCACCAAUACCUUCAGCUCCAAAAUAGAGCAGUAGGCGGAUGCAUCGCUUCUUAGCCGCCCCUCCCUGAUACCAUCCUGUUUUAGCGAUUGAUCUCUCGUCAAACAUAUUGCCUGACCAAUUUUUGCUUGAUGGGCAUCCCAAGCAGUUUUCCCGCUAUAUCCCACAUACCGAAAGUAAGGCCCGAGAGCGGCAAAUCAGGAUCCGCUUUUGGUUGGUUAUCAACAAUAGCCGGGCAGCUUCCCGGCGAUUUCCUAGUUCAUUUAUAGUGAAGAAUGAAUAGUCUUCUCUACGCCUCUCAUCGUCAACAGCAUCGUCUCGGAUGUGGUGUGCUGGGAAUCGUGCCUGCGGGAUUUCGUCCAUCUUAGCUGUUUUCAUGACAUAAGUGCUUGUUUAGGGAGUAACAUAUUUCCAAGGUCCUCUGAGUUAAUAUCACUGACUAGCUGCCAGCAGCGUGCUUUUUGGUUAUUGAUUACAUGACGAAGUUCCUUUCUCGUGGGUUACGGUCCACGAAUCUAAAAUUAAGCUUAUUUUGGUCUCCCGCUGGGUAAUCCGCCAAAAUCUAGGUUUCCUCAUAGAUUGCCAAUUUUACUUAUUGACCACUUUUAGUCGCUAAGAGGUCGCAAGCUGCUGUAAUAAGAUUCAUAGUUGAGUCCGUUUGUAAUUCGAUGAUCGCUUAUCCUUCUUGAGAGACCGAACCAACCGAACAACUUUUUCGAUGUUCCAAUAUGCCUCACCGUUACUCUGUUAUAUUAAGAACUCCAAAGAAAAGAUCACGUCCGAGAUAGUAUCCUCGCAAGCACAACAUGUAGCCGAUAUUUUCGACAAUAGGUCCCAUCUAAACGGUCAUCUCUAAAACCAGGCCAAAUUUAGUAAUUUCUUUUUGAUUUUCCUCAUCAUCAUCAACGGCGCAACCACCGGCAUUCGGUCUAGGCCUGCCUUAAUAAGGAAUUCCAGACACUCCUUGUGUUACGCUGAGGUCCACCAAU